AUGCCAGAUAGUCUAGUCGACAUUCUCUGUCUGGGCUUCGGCUGGACGGGCCAAUUCUUGCUUCAACGCUUCGACAACGCUCACGUCUCCUACGCGUUUACAGCGACCUCGCAUGAGCACGGGCUGUUCAACCUUGGGGCUGCAGGGUGGCAGGACAGUGUCCACGACCUUCCAAUGGCGCGGAUGGUGGUGGUCAUCUUUCCGAUCAAAGAUAUUUGCCUGCUUGAAGAACUUGUGCAGACGUAUGAGACAGCGCAUGGCGAAACAAACUGGCUGCUUCUAGGCAGCACAGGCAUCUGGAAGGAUGGUUACCACACCUCUAGCUCACAGUUCGACCCAAGCAACGUCCGAGGACAGGUGGAGUCCAGAUUGCUCCAGAUCAGAGGCCUAAGAGCUGCAGUGCUCAAUUUAUCUGGACUUUACGGCAUACAACGCCAACCGAAGAACUUCAUUCUCAAAGGAGCACCAACACGUGACGCCCUAGAGCAGAAGAGCAGUCUGCACCUCGUCCAUGGGGAUGACGUGGCAAGUGCGAUCCUGAGCAUGUUCAUCGCGCUCUCAGAUGAUCAAGCACGAGCACGGCUCUGGGCUAAGCGAUGGAUUGUUUCAGAUUCGCACGUCUACGACUGGUGGCAUCUGGCCGGAGUAGUGCCGGAUUUGCCUGAACAAUACAGCCAGUGGUCGCGGGAGCUCGCGACAAAGUACAAUGUCAACUUACCCCGGUCGUACGACGCCCAAGGGGCAAGCGAUAUUCAACGCAGUUUGAAGCGGGUUUUGAAUGGACGCGAAUUCUGGGACGCUGCCCAAGUAGGCAUCAGUUCCUUACAUGGACGCUUUUACGAAGGAAGCUAA